ACUCACGGUUUUAUUAAAUUCCGAGGUGACGCCCAAUAAAUCAUUAGGGGAAGGUUGCGAUCAUUGGACCGCUUCUUUCAUUGAACCACUUAAAUAUUUCGUAAAAUCACAACUCCAGAGACGCGUAGGUACGUUAAAAAGCAUGUCUUGGGUGGUAAGAGUGGCCCCCCGCAACCUCAGUACCCGCGCGGCAGCCGCCAGUGAGUGACGUGUGUAAAUGUGAUUGCGGCGCUCCGGAUAUAAAAAAUACGACUAAGAAAAGUUGAUAAUGGCUACAAAACGAAAGUAUUAUGCGUGGAAUGAAGUAAGCAUGAACCUAGCCAUUGAAUCAGUGCGUAACAAUAAAGCAGGUUUGAAUGAGGCAAGUAGGAUGUAUGGAGUGCCUAAAGCCACACUAAAACGAAGAUUGGAUGGAGUGAAUCGAAAGGCUAAGGAAUAUGUUCAAAUAGUAGGAUCUGAAGGUGACCUUCCGUCCGAAUUGGAAACCGAAUUAUGUCAACACAUCCUUGAGAUGGAAAGUAGUUUGUAUGGUGUAACGCCUUUCGAUAUUCGGCAGCUGGCAUUUGAACUGGCAGAAAAGAACAAUAUCAAAAAUCGAUUUAACAAAGAGAAAAGAAUUGCAGGUAAAAAAUGGUACUAUGCGUUCAUGAAGCGGCAUCCACAAUUAAGUUUGAGACAACCAAGAGCAACUUCAAUGAGCCGGGCUACUGGAUUUAACAAACCUGCUGUAACCGAUUUCUUUAAUAAAUUAGAGGCAGUAUGCGAAAAAUACAACAUAACAGAAGCUCAGCGUAUCUUCAACGUUGAUGAGACUGGAUUGUCAACUGUCCAGAGGAAAACCAGAAAAAUACUGGCAUUAAAAGGUAAGCGGCAAGUUGGAGCUAUUACUAGUGGAGAACGCGGUACAAAUACUACAGCCGUAUGUUGUGCUAAUGCUGCAGGUAAUUUUAUACCACCGCUUAUAAUAUUUAAGCGCAAGAGAGCAAAAGACGAACUGAGGGAUGGAGCUCCACCUGGUGCGAUAUUCGCUUUUAAUCCAGAGAGUGGAUAUAUUAACAAAGACAUAUUUUAUUUGUGGUUACAACACUUUAUUGAGUCUGUGAAGCCGACACCCGAAAAAAAAGUAUUACUUCUGUUAGAUGGUCAUGCUAGCCAUACAAAAAAUUUAAAAGCAAUAACAUAUGCCAAGCAACACGGCGUCGUCUUGCUUUCAUUUCCAGCACAUACAACACAUAAAAUGCAACCGCUGGAUGUCUCCUUCUUCAAGCCGUUGAGUCUAUACUAUAUAGAUGAAACUGAAAAAUGGUUGCGCCAAAAUCCUGGAAGAACUGUGACAAUGUUUCAAGUUUCAAUGCUAUUCGGAAAAGCAUAUUCCCGAGCUGCAUCUGUUGGAACUGCUGCGAGUGGCUUUGCAAAGACUGGAAUUUGUCCUCUUAAUAAAGAUGCAUUUUCUGACUACGAAUUCAUUGUACCUGAAAAAGAAAACGAUGAGAUUUCACCACCAAUUGUGUUAGACUUACAGGAUGAGAUAGAUCCACUAACUUUGAAUAUUUCUUUACUAGAAGAGAAUCUAGACGUAACGGAGCCAAUAACAUGUCAAAAUGAAGCUAUGACUGCUGAAACUCAGAUUGAAACCUUAGCGGUACCAAAGAAUAUUGAUUGUAGUACAGCUGAAUCAAAGGAACGCAAUUUCGAAUUCACAAUAAACCAAAUAUCUCCUGGAGCUAAAAAAGUAGCACAAGAGUUAAGAAAAAGGAGUAAAAAAGCACAAAGUAGCUUGGAACUGACGUCGACGCCUUAUAAAACCACUUUAGAACAAGCUAUUGUAAGACCUUCAAAACCAAAAAAGCCAAAAUUUUCUGCAAAAGAAACUGCAUUUUCUAAAAAUAAAAUAACUGAUGAGCCAGAGCCAUCAACAAGCAAAGAUGCCAAAUCAAUAAAUAUCGAAAAAUGGUUUUGCAAAAUCUGCCUACUGUGUGCAGUUGAAGACAUGAUUCAAUGUAUGAUGUGUAAAGCCUGGGUUCAUGUAGAUUGUGCUUGCGUUAAGAAAACUAUUAAGAAGUAUUUAUGUCCUCAAUGCAAAUAAGUGUUGUUAUUUUUGUUGCAAUAUUGUUUUUAAUUUAAAAUGUGAUUUUAUGAUAAUUAAUCGUUUGCAUACGUGUAAAAGUUGAUCUCAUUAUGUGUUAAAUUUGAUCUCAUACUCAUUCGUUUAAUAAUACAUCGUUGAAACAACAGAUAGGCUUUUUAAAGGUAUCAUUGUUUUCAUAAUUAUGAACUAUUUCUACUAUGGGACCAACCCUAAAAUCGGGAAAAAUAAUCAACUGCUUCAUACAUUACCUUCACAAAACUCGACAAAAUGUUUGAAGCAGUUAAUUAUUUUCCCGAUUUUAGGUUUGGUUGGCCCCAUAGUGCAAGUUAUACAUAAUUAUGAGUACAAUGACCAAUUAAAAAAAAAACUUAUUUGCUGUUCAACCCAGUAUAAGCUUUUUUACGAUAAGGAUAGGUAUUUUUAAUUAUUCUUUUUGAUGAAGGAUUUCAUAUUUUUUAUUUUUUUAUUGAGUUUUGUUAAUCGCCUUGAAUGGACCACUGCCAAAAAUUUUCUAAGUCCAUUGAUAGCAACUCAGUGGUCCAAUCAAAGCGACCAUGGUCCAAAGAAGGCAACGACCAAAGAAAUGUUUAACGUCAAUUUUCUCACAAACUGUCAGUUUAAAUUAGCUGUGAGUGACAUAUUAUAUUAAUAAAUUUGAUUGGAAACAAAACCAAAAAUCAGUUUUAUUUUAUCGCAAAAACUAAAAAAGAUAUGUCGUACGGAAGUUAAGUGGUCCAAUCAUAGCAACC